AUGGUCAGGCCUAACCAGCUUAGUAUGUUUGCACUAGUGGAUAGUUCUAGGUUUAGGCAACCGAUAAGGCUUAAAAAGUUCCAAAGAGACACCGGAACAAAGGCUCAUCCCAUCCCAACAUCAGCUCCGCCUCGUUUCAGUCUUCGCGGAUGCGGCUCUUCUCUUGUUUGUGAUGAGUUUUUAAGGGCUUGCUUGCAAUUGAUUAUGGAGUGUGUCUAUGUUUAUGGAGGAUUUAGGGUUUCAGUUCAAUAUCCAACAUUCAAGCAUGCCCUUAACAAGUCUUUAGUAUCCAUUCUUAACCGUGCAAUGGGUUGCAUUCAUUUUCAACAAGCACUGGUGCAGACAAAGUUUCAUAUACCUUCUCUAAAUAGUGCAUCUCGAUCAUAUGUCUCUGUUCAAGCCUUUUCUAGAGAGCACGUUCUCGGAAAGUUGCAACUCUUGAUAGAGAGAGACUCAAAUAAAAUCAGUAAUCUGGAUUCUAGUUCUGAAUCACACCUGAAGUGUAUUGAAAAUGAUAAUGUUUCAGUAGCUAACAAUGGAUAUUAUGGCCAAAUAGACUUGGCUGAGGAUCAGAUGGGGGCAGCUGGUUUGGCUCCUAAUUUUAACAAAGACCUCGAAAAUAUUUCUGAUAAGGAAAUCCAAAGAAGACAAAAGAUUGGCCUGGCAAACAAAGGUAGAACACCAUGGAACAAAGGACGGAAACACAGUGAAGAGACCCGUCAACGGAUCAAAAUGAAAACUAUAGAGGCCCUGAGAAAUCCCAAGAUCAGGAAGAAGAUGUCUGAACACUCUCGUUCUCAUAGUGAACAGAGCAAGGCAAGAAUAAGCAUGGGUUUAAAAAAGAUUUGGGCAAAGCGUUUGCAGUUUAGAAGAUCACAGGAGAAAUGUUAUUCCUCGUGGGCCGGGAGGAUUGCAGAAGCAGCAAAAGAAGGUGGUUAUGAUCAAGCGAAAUUAGAUUGGGAUAGCUAUGAUAAAAUGAAGGCCGAUAUAGAAUAUCAGUUCUUUCAACGAAGAGCAGACAAAGUAAGAGACAAGGAAAUCGCGAAACUAAGAGCUCUAAGAGCUGCAAGGAUUAGAGCAGAAAAGCUUGCUAUGCAAAAGGAAGAGAAGGCAAAAUCUAUACAAGCAAAGGCAUCAGAGCAUAACAAACCAGUGACGAAGAAAAAGAAGGCCGUUAUGUCAAAGGCUUUGAAAUUGAAGGCGACAUUAACGAAGUUCCAUCACCGAAAGAAGCAAUUGGAUAGUUUGACCAGUGUCCAAAUCAAGAAGACAAACAAACCCCGGCCACUCUUUGAGAAAUGGGAUAUGGAGCUAAUCAAGAAGGAGAAAAUGCGCGGAUGUGUUUCCUUAGCUGAUCAAAUUCAAGCAGUGAAGAGCAGGAAACCAAACUUUUGAUGCCGUGGAAGAGAAAGUCGGAGUUUUCUCUUAAAUUCACACGUCCUGUCUAUUUUUUUUAUUUUUCUCUGUUUCAUGGAGAAAAAAAAUCACUUUGUACUUGCUCUAAACUUGUGAUUGAAUCUAUGAAUGAAGAAACUUUGACCCUGUACUUAUCCAA